AUGAACAAUCUCAGACAUCUUGAACCAGAUUACUCUGAGUUUGUUGAAGUUGAUCCUACUGGAAGAUAUGGAAGAUACAAAGAAGUUCUGGGUAAAGGAUCUUCAAAAACCGUUUACAGAGGAUUUGAUGAGUAUGAAGGUAUAGAAGUUGCAUGGAACCAAGUAAAGAUCUACGAUUUCUUGCAGAGUCCACAUGAGUUGGAGAGGCUUUACUGUGAGAUCCAUCUCCUCAAAACCCUAAAACACAAAAACAUCAUGAAAUUCUACACUUCUUGGGUCGAUACCGAGAAUCGUAACAUCAACUUUGUCACUGAAAUGUUCACUUCUGGCACCUUGAGACAGUAUAGGCUAAAACACAAGAGAUUGAACAUAAGAGCGGUGAAGCAUUGGUGUAGACAGAUCUUGAGUGGCUUAAACUAUCUUCAUAGCCAUAAUCCUCCUGUGAUUCACAGAGAUCUCAAGUGUGAUAACAUUUUCAUUAACGGGAACCAAGGAGAAGUCAAGAUUGGGGAUCUUGGUCUUGCUGCUAUCUUACAAAACCCUCAUGCUGCUCAUUGUGUCGGGACACCGGAGUUCAUGGCUCCUGAAGUCUAUGAAGAAGAAUAUAACGAAUUAGUCGAUAUUUACUCGUUUGGGAUGUGUGUUUUGGAAAUGGUAACGUUUGAUUACCCGUACAGCGAGUGUACUCACCCUGCUCAGAUUUACAAGAGAGUUAUAUCGGGCAAGAAACCAGACGCAUUAGAUAAGGUGAAGGAUCCAGAGGUUAAAGGCUUUAUAGAGAAGUGCUUAGCCACAGUUUCCUUAAGACUCUCUGCCGAUAAACUAUUAGAUGACCCUUUUCUUUGUAUCGAUGAACCGGAUUUGAGACACGUAGAGAGCGAACAGGGUCAGUUAGAUGAAGCCGGGACUCUUCUAAGACAUUCUUAUCAUGCAGUUGACUAUUACUACAAUGACCACCAAACCAGAGGAAACUCUUUUGAUCAUCCUCACUACUCAAAGGGUUACUACAGCGACGAUAAUAGAAACCAAUGGGCUUUCAAUGGAAAUGAGACUGGAAUAGAGCUCUUAGAGUUUCAAAACGAUGAUGAUAAAGAAGAAGAGGAUAAGAGUUUUGGUCAUGUCGAUAUAAGCAUAAAAGGCGAGAGAAGAGACAAUGGUGAUGGACUGUUUCUGCGACUCAGAAUAGUGGACAAGGAAGGGCGUGUGAGAAACAUAUACUUCCCUUUUGACAUAGAAAUCGACACAGCAAUUAGCGUUGCAACGGAGAUGGUGGAAGAGCUGGAGAUGGACGACCGCGAUGUCACAAAGAUAGCCAAAAUGAUCGAUGGAGAGAUUGCUUCUCUGGUUCCCAGUUGGAGAUCUAGUCUUGAUUUCUGCAGCUGCAUCUCGAACCGGUCCUCGGUGGACUCAGUCACGGAUUUCAGUAUGAUGCAGUGUUGCAGAAGCUUGUGCGAAUAG